AUGAACAUAUCAGACGCGGGAGUUGCAGAUGACCAGCCUGUAGGCGCAGGUACAUGCCUAAGCGUCAACAUCCAGAAGGCUAACCAGGACACAUCUGAUUCCGAUAUAUACGACGCAACUCCUCGUCUGCUGUCUGGUCCGCUUCCUCCACCUACAAAACCCAUCACUGCGACGAGCACUGGACAAGGCCAAGUCAGCGAGAGUUCGGCAGACGAGGCACCACGCAAUGCUACCCAUAGGAAUGGCAAUUCCAAUGGCGCCGGCGUCACAGCUCUCGUCCGAGGCAGAAGCACAAGAGCCGAGUUGGAGGAUACUGAGGACGAACGCAUGAGGACGAUGCGACUCGAAGCACAGGAAGAAAAGAUUCUCGUUGACCCCUACGAAGAGAAGCAGUCCUCGGGAAACAAGUACAGGAAGGAAGAUGAUCCUGAGGCGCCUCAAAUGAGCGCAACAAGCUAUCCGGGACAAGAAUGGAAUCCUUACGGCGCUGGCGGCUACGAAGAAUGGGACUGA